UGUUCAUGUUCUACUACCCUCUUUCCAUCAUAUGUCAAAUUUUUUGCCAGCACUGGUGCCUUAAACUUUGAAUCGAACGUGAGUUUGGUAACAUCAGUGCGGCAUCAAACAAUAAAUUAGUUGCAUACCAGAAAAAAGUGUUAGAACAGUAAGAAAAUCUAGGUCUAUCAGCAUGGCAAUCAACCAACGGAGCUCGGUGCCGGCUUAGUAAUUACAAGAUAUUCUGUCGAUAUGAAAAGAAGGCCUGCCAUUUUGCAACCAUGGAGAAUAAAACCGACGAGCGCAUUUUUGUAGUUGGCGGCACUGGCAACAUUGGUGCAACUGUUCUUAAUGAUCUGGUCGAGAGUGGUGCGCAAGUCACUCUUUAUACCCGAUCUCCUCAUAAAGUGGUACAAAAAGACAGCAGCAGCAGCAGCAACACGCCGACAAUAGUCCAAGGAGAUUAUAGCGACCUUACACCACUGGAAAAGGCGAUUGUAGGCCAUACGCGUCUUUUCCUACUCGUUGGCGACGUCCCAGAACUAAAAAGUGUAAAAAUCGCCAUCAGCAAGAAAGCUUAUGCAGCAGGAGUCAAACAAGUCGUCGAAAUUUCAGCCAAAGCGUUGCCAUGGCGCAAGUUUAGGAUCAUUGACGAACAUCUGGAAGCCGAGCAGGUUAUCUUCGCAAUUCCGGACCGUGGCGCAUAUGUCUCCUUGCGUCCCACCAAUUUCAUGUCUAAUGUUCUAUUCCACUUGGAUGCGCUCAAAGGCCAACCUCCUUUGUUAAUCGAUACUGCGGCCGCUGACGAACCACAAGAAUGGAUCUCUCCGUACGACGUUGCACAGGUGGCAGUCCGCAUUCUGCAAGAGCCUAUUGACAAGCAUGGAGACGCCGCUUACGAGCUUGUGGGUGAAAUUAGCACACCCUCGCAACGUGCAGCCAUACUGUCCACUGGUUUGGGUCGUACUAUUACUUUUAGGCAACUUCCGGUGCAGGAGCUGUACGACUCUUUGGUUAAUGCAAAUUUUCCACACGCAACUGCCUAUUUUCUUGCAUCCUACCAGGAUGUUAGUCCCGUGACACGUGGUCUUCCUCUAUUGUUGGGUAGGAAACCCGAAACAUUUGAAACAUGGGUAGCCAAGAACAAAGACAGGCUCCAGUAGUUGUAGUUUAGUCCUGCUUUUCUUGAUUAUUGAAAACUGACAUAUUUACUGCUUAUAAUAAAAUUACACGGAUGCUUUAUUCCUUGGGCUAAAUAUGCCCGGUUUUAUCAAUGGGUAAUUAGU